AUGCCUAUAACUGGGAGUACAGAAAACGAGUUGAAGCGGUGUUCAAAAUUCUUUCAGAACUGGUAUAGCAGUAUCCGAGGGUAUGCUGGGGUUCUUCCUGAAUAUGCGGGUCUGAAGGCGUGGCCGGGAUACGAGACCUCGGACAUCGUUUACGAUAACGCGAAUGGUGUCUUAAUACGCUUAAUGGUUUUAUUGGGCUACUUGGAUACAGGUUACUGGGUGGGCAGGACGCCCAAAUAUUAUAUUGAGGUCAAGUGUACCACGGGAGAUUGUGCAACGCCGCUUAUCGUCAGCCAAAAUCAGGUCGACUUGAUGGAGAGAACAACUAACGGUCCUCAAGGAAAUGAAAAUCAGAGUAUAGUAUAUGCGUUAUUCCGUGUGUUCGGGCUUGGCAGAAGCUCGAUGGGACUCAAGAUCUAUAUAGACCCAGCGGAGCAGAGGAGGCUUGGCAAGCUUGCUUUCACUGCGGAGAAGUAUGCGGUCGUUCCUACGGGACUAGGUCUCAUUAUAGAAGACGUCGAUCUGGGCCUUUUUUAUCUGGGAGAAGUUGAAGUGAUCUCGGAUGGAGGACCAGGAUUGAGCAACUUGCGGGACGAAGAAGAAGAAGAUCCAAGCAUCAUGACCGAGUGGUACAAUGCUGAUUUUGCUGCUAUGCUCGAUAGUGCUGCUAUUGCAGUUCAAGGUGAGAGUGAUCAGCCUAUCACAGGCGCACACUCCUUUAAGAGAGGAAGGAAUUUUGCUCGGGAAAGGAAGUGA